AUGGCCCAGGGACCGGGCACGGCGCUGCUGCUCCUGGCGCUGGCUUCUCUGCUCAAGUCUUUGGCUGCAGAAACUCCAUGUGAAAACAUUUACCAAGGCUUCUCUGACUGCAUCUUAAGACUAGGGGAAAACAUGGCUGGCUUCGAAGAGGAAGAGGAUGAAGAUGAAAGGACCCAGGCCCAGGAGCUGCGCACUGUCUGUGGAUAUUGGGAUGAGUUUCACACCUGCGCUAUGACAGCCCUGUGGGAGUGCCAGCGGGAGGCUGCAGCUGUCUGGGAGAUGCUGAAAAGGGAAUCCAAGAAAAUCCAAUUCCAAGGCAGCCUAUUUGACCUCUGCGCCUUGCAGAAUUCCAGCGCCGUGCAAAUUUCACAUAUAUUGCUGUUAAGCAUCACUUCAAUGGUCACUUGGCUUAAUUUAUAAAGGGAAAAGUGCUGAAAUUCCAACAUCUGUGCAAUUAU